AGUCCUACCGGUCAAUCUGCGUGUUUUUACCUUUCAUACUUUGCCAAAUCAAGCAAACUAUUCUAGACCCGGUCUGGUAUAGUUUGACCGGUCACGUAAUUUACACCAUCAUUUUUGGCGCCGACCGUGGGACCGUUAAGGUUUCUUCUCUUCUAAACACAAACCUACCCACAAAAACACCACUUAAAAUGUCUUCCAGUCAACAGAUCAACGCUACUUCCGCUCAGGUGCAAGCCACCAAUGAGGGUACCAGCAUCCCCAUGGCUGCUACCCUACCAGUCAUUUCCACCCCGGUGCUGCCGUUGGGUCUGAGCUUAGUCCCAACACCUAGCGUGGCCAGCCCGUUCACGACCCCCGUCCCUUCCGCUGGGCCGAGGGUCACGUUCCCACCAAGCAUGACUCAGUUCAUGAAUGACCCAGCCAACCUACAAGCCAUCCAGGGCUUUGGUCAGGUCAUGGCCAUGUGCCAACAGAACGGGGGGAUGCCUUUUCUCCCUGGUAUGUUCCCGUUCGCUCUUCCAGGCGCGGGAACCAUACCCCUAAAAGCUCCAAUGGCAGUGACGCCAUUCCAGACACCGAUGCCGCAGCCAUCACCUUUCCAGCCCCAGCUGGUCAGCACCAUGGCCCCUGUCAACUUGACUGGCGCACUUAACGCUGCGGGGCCGUCGCGUCCCCCGCAAGGUAUGAAUCCGCAGAUCACUCCUGAUGGUCAUUGCGUCUCAAUUGAGAGUGAUGACGGCGAGUGGGACAUUCCGAGGGCCCACAAGAAGAAGAAAGGAAAAAACAUCCGGCCAGCGACCUCCCGAAACUCCGCCUUCGAAAGGCUGGGGGAUAGGGAGGAAGGCCAGAGGAAGUCAGCCAAGCAAAGGCUGGGGCAGAGCGUUGCCCAUGUCAGCGCGUUCGCCCGGCUAGGCGAGGUGAGGGAGGCUGAGCCUGCCCGCACCCAGCGCUCCCGGUCUAACCGGGAGGAGCCAGCGAGGAUGAGAGCCUCUCGCCAGAAAGAGGAGGCAGAAAGCCAGCCCAGGUUACCGGUGGCGAACCGGUUAACCAUCCCAAAUGACCGCGUCCAGCAGAUGGAGGCAAAACUGGAAAGGUUGGAGAAGAAGGUCGGGGAGAAGAAUGACCGGGACAAACCCCUGGCGGGGUCCCCAUUCACCACAAGGGUCCAUCUGACACCUUUCCCACGGAAGGUCAAGAUCGACGCCCCUAGAUUCACCGGGAAGGAAGAUCCGGAGAUCCAUCUGGACUCCUUCAACCAGAGUGCAACUAUGAACGGUUGCACCGAUGAAGAAAAGUGCCUUCUUUUCUUUCAUACCUUGCGGAACCGAGCCACUGAAUGGUUCAAUAAGCUUCGCCCGGAAAGCAUUGAUUCGUUCAGUGAUUUGGCCUCGAAAUUCAAGGCCAAGUUCCAGGAGAAUUGUACUAAGAGGAAAAAAUUCACCUAUCUUAGUAUAGUCGGGCAGAGGGAGUCUGAGAACCUUACUCGGUUCCUUACCCGGUGGAAGGAAGAGGUAGACAAGGUGGAAGAGAUGGAUGACAAGACCGUCUUAUCCCUCCUCUUGAAUGGCUUGCGUGCCGGGGAACUAUACAACGAGUUCUGCCGGAAACCCCCCGGCCACAAAGAAGCCGAGCAUGGUUACAAGCCCAAACCGGUGCAAGUCAAGAAGGAAGAAGCAUCGGGAUCUAGCCGGCCAAGGCACCACUAUGACCCGGUCGUCCGUAUGGUCAAUACGGAAGAAUGCCAAGAAAUUCGGAAAGCACCGGUCAUUCCUCCGGAAAACCCUACCGGUCAAGCAGGGCGGCAGUGGUCGGGCACCUAUUGUUCGUACCACAGGUCAGAUUCCCAUAACACCUCUGAAUGCAAGAGUGUUAAGGGAGUAAUCCGGCAGAUGAUAGACAGUGGAGAACUGGGCAAAGAUUACUUGCAGAAAGCCCAGGAGAAGAGUCAUCAAUGGGUUAGGCCAGCUGCCCCGGGAGAUGACCGGGACAACGACCGGCGGAGGAACAACCGACCAAGGGAGCGGCAACCUGCUCCUGAAAAAGAACACAUAGGCAUGAUCUUCGGCGGACCUGAAGGUGGAGAUUCAGCCGCGCAACGGAAGAACUGGGUCCGGAGCAUUUACGUUGGUGAGGUAAGCGCUGAACCGCCCAGGCGUAAGCAUACUAGGAGAGAGCCGAUCGUCUUUACUGACCGGGAUCUCCCUCCUACCGGUGAAGAUCACAAUGAUCCAUUGGUCAUCACCAUGGACAUUAAUGGGGUGGAUGUCGCCCGGGUACUUGUUGACACCGGCAGCAGUGUCAACAUCUUAUACCUAGAGACUUUCCAAAAACUCAGGUUGUGUCGGACACAACUUGAACCCCUGGAAACUCCUCUCUCGGGCUUCACGGGAGACACCGUUGAAGUUGAAGGAUCCAUAGUUCUACCGGUCGAACUAGGAUCGGGUGAAAAAACCGUAUGGAAGAAGAUGCGGUUCAUAGUUGUGGACAUCAAAUGCGUCCACAAUGCAAUCCUUGGAAGGCCAGGCAUCAAUAAAGUCGGGGCGGUGAUUUUCAUGCCUCAUCUAUGCAUGAAGUUCGACACUCCAGUUGAUGGGGCAUCCGGUCCUAGAGGAUACGGGGGUGGUAUCGUGUUCACCACCCGAGAAGGGUUCAAGAUCUACCAUGCAAUCGUCUUCAACUUCAAGCUGACAAACAAUGGGGCAGAAUACGAAGCUCUGGCUGGAGGGCUCAGACUUGCCCAAGCCCUGAAAAUCAGCCGGGUCAGUAUCAAAUCUGACUCUAGCCUCAUCGUUGGGCAAGUGACCGGCAACAUGGAGGCAAGAGAAGGACGCAUGGCACAAUAUAAGGACCUUGUACUUGCCCUGUUGAAAGGCUUCGAAGGGUUCAAGAUCGCCCAAAUUCCCCGGGCGGAGAACGCGAAUGCAGACCUUCUCUCCAAAUUGACGCAGUAUGCUCCCGAGCAUGUUUCAAAACUUGCCCGGGUAGAGAUCCUUGACCGUGCAAGCAUCGAAAAAUUGGAAGUCGCCCCGACCAGUCAAACCUGGUCGGGGCGGACGACCAUUGGAUGUAUGAUCUGAUGGAAUAUUUGAUGCAUGGGAACUUGCCAGAACAGGAUGACCGGGCAAGAAAAGUGAAGCUCAGGG